GGAAGCUCGAACCAAUUACCGGGGUAUUGUUGACGGGCUCAAGUACCUGCAUCAAGUGUUCCUAAGCUGACGAGUUGUAACCUUAUCAUGGUCGUAUGAUCAAGACUCAGCAAUGUCGACAAUGAUGCCAACAGUAUCACACUUGGUAGCUCGUGGCGAUUUGCUCUCUAGAGCACUCGCGUUCUUCAUCAUCACUGUGCUCGUUCUAUCUUUCAGAGGGUUAUGGAGACGCUAUGCAUCGCCGCUACGUCAGAUCCCUGGACCCUUUCUCGCCUCCUGUACACGACUAUGGAAGGUUCUGAGUACAUACUCAGGACAUACCGAAUGGGACUACGUUGCACUGCAUCAGAAAUACGGCCCUGUGGUGCGUGUUGCUCCCAAUGAGCUCUCAUUCGCAUCGCCGAAUGCCGCCAGGGAUAUUUUCGCUGUUGGCAAGGGAUUCACCAAAACGGAGUUCUACAAGGUCUUCCCACCAGCACAUAACCCAGAUAUUUUCACAGAGACGCGGGAGUGGAAGCAUGCGCAGAUGAAACGAGCUGCAGUCACACCUUAUAGCUUAGCUUCCAUGCAGAAGCGGGCACACUUGAUCGAAGAUGUUCAGAAGCAACUAGUUGAGACUAUUGAUCGAUACGUUUCACCUGCUGGUAAGAUCUGCGAUCUAGGCAAUCUGCUACACUACUUCGCCUUUGAUGUGAUUGGUGAAGUUGCAUUCUCUCAAAGAUACGGCUUCCUUGCCAAGGAGGAGGACGUUGGUAGCACUAUCAAGGUCAUCGACAGUAUGCAGUGGUAUAACGGUAUGGUCGGGCAAGUACCAGAGCUCCGCUACCUGUUCUUGAACAACCCAGUCGUGGUGUAUCUGCAAAACCAUGUGCUCCCACCUCCACAACUCACGGGCAUGGCCCUUGGCGAGAUAAGGAAACGAAAAGAGAAUCCCAGUGACAAAUUCUAUCUCGCGCCUGAUCGGAAAGACCUGCUUGGACAGCUUUUGGAGGCUCAUGAUGCACACCCAGAACGAUUCUCGGAGUUGGACGUGUUCUCCGUCGCCCAUGGCGCAAUUGGUGCAGGAUCCGACUCUACAGCUUCCACGAUGCAAUCAUUUUGGUACUUUGUGCUGAAUGACAAAGGUGCAUACAACAAGCUAAAGGACGAAGUCAGGGAGGCAUACAAGGAUGGGAGUCUUUCAGAAUUGGUGACUUGGGCCGAAGCACAAGAAUUAACCUACUUCCAAAUGUGUUUGAAGGAGGCUAUGCGACUUCGUCCUGCCGUGGGUCUAAGCAUUCAAAGAUAUGUGCCGCAAGGAGGAGCCAUGAUCGAUGGUAAACACUAUCCAGAGGGCGUCGCGGUGUCAGUGAACGCUUGGCCAGUACACCGCGACAAGGCGCUUUUCGGGCAGGAUGCAGAGUCCUUUCGGCCUGAGCGAUGGGAGUCAGGAAAUUCUAAGGAGAUGGAGAAACACCUAUACCAGUUUGGUGGAGGGAGUCACCUCUGCAUUGGGCGGAAUCUCGCCCUACUGGAGAUGAACAAAAUCCUGCCUCAACUGCUUACGACAUACGAUUUUGAGUUGGUUCACCCUGGACGACCACUCAAAUCGCAUUCUCACUUUUUCUGUGUCAAUGAAGGACUAGAAGUAUUCGUGCGCAGAGUAUAAGCGCGGAUCUGGAUCAGUCCAUGGGUCGUGGAUGUGCCUCAGCGUAUAGUAUCCUACGCUUACUGCUACGAUGCAGAUAUUAGGCAGGAGCCAUUCGGGUUCGGGCUUGUGCUUCUCAACUCGCCGAGAAUCUUCAACCAGAAAGAAGGAAGUGGACCAAAGUCGGAAUGACCAGGACCAUCUGCAGGAAACAUGUUUUGCGUCGAUCUUUCAUUAGGGCAAGGAUAGCACAAGUCCACAGGGCUACCCCUUACAGACUGCCUCUUCAAGACGAUAGCAGUCAGCACGAGAAUUGCGAAUCUUGUAAGAUUACAAGCACUUUUGAC